AUGAAUCACCAAGUUGUAAUCAUCGCUACCUUGUGCUUACUUUGCACUGGUAAACCAUCAGAAAAGUGUUUGAUUUGCGAGGACCUUGCAUUUAUACUUCGCUACACAGCUGAAUUGAAAAUGAAGAAAACGCCGGAGCAGGUAAUGGAGUAUAAGUGCAAGAUAUACGACUUCAAACUUCAAGCAACCUGCAAAGACGUUGCCUCACAAUUGGCAAAGAACAAAAAAGCCAUGUCACACAUUUUGAAUAAUGACAAUAAAUGGGAAUGGAUCAACGAAAGGAGCGCUUGCAAGAGUAAUCUCAAAUUUUGUUGA